AUGAGUUAUGACAACAUACUAGGCCUUGACAGUUUCAGUGAGGCAGACUCCUCUUUUAUUUUUGCAACAGAAGAAACAUCACAGCCAAACCCAGCUCUUAACCUCAAUAGUGAACCAUUGUUUGAAGAUGAAAGUAGUGGAGAAGAGGAGGCUAUUGAAGCUCAGAGACUGAGAGAUUUAGACCAUCAGAGUGAAACGCCAGAAAGAGAACCAUUGAGAGUGAUCUAUAAUCUGAAUAGACACAAACCUUUCAAAAAUAGAGGAAGGAAAAGUAAGGACAAGUUUGUAUUUGAUCCAAAAUUGUCUGCGCUUGAAAAUUUGAGAAAGAUACCAGCAUUCGAAGAUAUAGAGGAUAUGUUCAUUCCAAAAAAUGGAUUAUUUGAAACAGAAAACCAGUUGGAAGAGUAUCAGAAUGCUGUGUACAAAAAUAUGGUCUGUAAAGAGUAUGCUACACUUAGAUCGUACUUCUGCGUUCUACGACAAUUUAAGAACUUCAUUGAAGAGACGACAGAUCGACCAUAUGCGUCAAACACUGAUACGACGAUUUCAAAUUUUGUCGAGUUUAUCAACAAUCACAGUAAAAAAGACUCUGACAAUGAGGACGUUGAAAACAAUCAUAAUGAUAAUGGGAAUGAAGCUGAACCGAAUAACCUAGAUUUGGACCUGGACGAAAUGGAUAAGGAAAAUAGAGAUCCAAAUUCUAACUCGGACGAUGUUGAAGAGAAUUUUAGACAAAGUAAGAGGAGAUUGAGCAGUGUCAAUCGGGAAGCAUUGAAAGCAACAAAAUUUUCAGGUUCUUCAUUCAAACAGCUUAAUGCGGCUUUCAAGCUCUUGUAUACCUCGGUAUUCAACAAACACAUGCGGGAUGAUAGUAUGUUCAUCUCAUUUCUCGCAGAGAAGGGACAUCAGGAAAAGUCUAUUAAGAUUAGUGACAAAAACAGGGCUUUGCUGAGCUCUAAAAAAAGCUGCUCUUUUUCCUACGAAGAAUACUGUAGGUUGAUGAGAAGACAAUAUAAAAACAUGUCGGCACUUUUACCUUCUGAACUUUCAUUUGACUCUCAAGAGAGUGCCCCACGGGUCUCCAGUAUGGAAAGUUCAUCAAACGAGGGAAGUACCGACAGAGAUGUGAAUACAAAUACGAAUCAGCAGACGGGGGAAGGGCAGUGCCUGAGGGAUCCGGAAAGUGAGAGAGAAGAUUACAGGAAUAGGAUGAAGAUUGCAGUAGGUAUGGUUGAGAAAUUCACCGACUUAUCGUCAUCUCCCUAUAUGAUGCUGGUUGAAUUUGCACUAUCUUUCACUUGCUUAUUCUGA